AUGAAAUGGAGGUACGACUACGGUAAAACUAAAUGCAGAGGUGAUUUAUCAAGAUGCCCAAGCAAGAUUACUGAGAUAAAGGAUUUCUUGGUGCUGGCACGAAGGAAGGAUGCUAAAAUCGUUAAAAUUAAGAAGAACAGCCUCAAUGUGAAAUUCAAAUAUCUCUUUGUCAACGCUAUUUUAAGGAAUGGAUGGAAGGCACCCUGA